AUGACGAAAUCCAAGAAAUUUUACGUCUUCAUCAUGCUUACCCUGCAGCUGCUCUGCUUGGGCUUUCUUGUUCAGGCCUCUCCCUCAACAGUGAUUCCACACGAGUUUGGUGUCUGCCUGAACGAGAACCACACUCUCGAGGCUCAUUUCAAGUACAUUGGCAAAGAGCUCAACAUCACCCAGUAUCUCGACCUUAUCGACUGCUACUACAUCGAUUUCUACAACACAACCAGCACUCAUGAUCUCGACGAGCAAUCAAUCCUUGAAUUGAUCCGCAGUGAUCCUCAAGUUCUGGGUGUUUUCCCUAACGUGGCCUUCAGUUUGGAUGAACCUGUCAAAGGCGAGCCUCGCUCGCCUCCCAAGUUCCAGAAUCAAUCCUACCUUGCUCCAUCUAGAGCUGAUUACGAGGUUUGGACACAGUACGACGCUAGCUGGUCUCUCUCGUACAUAUCGAGUGACCAGCCUGCUCCAUUCGAAUCAGAUUACUACUACAUGGCCAGAGGUGGGCAGAGUGUUGACGUGUACGUCAUGGAUACUGGUUUGGAUCCGCACGUCGCCGAUCUGCAUCCGCAUAGAUUCUUCACCACCGACAGCUUUGUGCCAGAGGAGCCGUACACUGCGAAUGAGCAUGGCCAUGGCACUCACGUUGCCGGCAUAGUUGGCAACGACCUCUUUGGCGUCUGCAAACUGUGCAGUGUCAUCUCUGUCAAGACCGCCAAUUCCACAGGAAAAUUCAACCAGACCUCACUCGUCAAUGCCAUCAACUAUGUGAUCUGGAGACACAAUGGUAAGAUGUUCAACGAGCCCGGCUUCAAGGGUUCCGUGAUCAACAUGUCCCUUGGAGGCAACGCCGCCGGCGCAGAUUACUAUCUUCUGAGAGUUAUGAUCAGAAAAGCAUACCAAGCAGGAAUCCUCAUGGUAGCCGCCGCUGGAAACAAUGGUCUGCCUCUAGGGUUCAACCCCGGCGAAAUUGAGAUCUAUCCUGGCGCAUCUAACAAGGUCAUCACGGUUGGAGGAUCGCUGGUCAACAACAACUGGUAUCAAGGGUCAAAAUAUGGCCGCAUGGUCACUAUCAUUGCACCCGCAAGCUGCGAGUCGUACAUCUUGGAAGGUCAAACCGCAAUCUGGACUGGAACCUCGAUGGCCGCACCCCAUGUAGCUGGUACCCUUGCUCUCUGGUUGAGUUACGAAGGCAUGAUCAGUCUAGAGGAUGCAAUCGAACGUUUGAUGGAAAAUGCCGACAUCGAUUACAUCCAGAACCUUCCGCCCGACACCCGCAACGCAUUCCUCAACACCGGUAUUCACAAGGGUGUUCCAUACGUCGGCGCUCCUAUCAGAUAA